ACAGGUGUCGGGGAUCCUGGGAGAAAGGCCCAGAGCAGAGAGGGCCCAGGGGGGGCCCGGGGCCCUCCUCCCUGCACCGAAGUGGGCCCUGAGCCGACUGGUAGCCUGAGGCCACACCCAGGAAGUGGCAGAACGCGCUCUACCACCUGGGGCCCCCAUGUCCCACACGGGCGCCCUGCCAGGCAGAGACCACAGCCCACAUCUGUGGCCACCCCCGCCGGAUGCCACCUCUCCCUAACGUCCCACAGCAACGGCCCGACAGCUGACAUGGGCCCUGGCAUCCCUGAGUACAAAGGGGAGCACGGUGGCAUUUGCAUGUGCGCUGGGUGAGGGCCCUAGGAAAAUAGGCUGCCUCUGUUUGCAGACUCAGAGCCCCACACCCCCUCUUCAAACAAAGGCAGAUCCCAUUCCAGGAGCUGGGGGGGUGGGGGGGGGGAACUUGCCCCAGCCACUCUGCUUCCGGGCCCAUUUGCCAGGCGAGGGGAGGACAUGUGAGUGGCCAUCGCCCACCCCCACGCCGGGCAGGGUCCCUCCCAGUUCUCUGCCUACGGGACUGGCCCGGACUCAGCUGCCCAGACCAGGCUUGUGCUGAAAAGCUGGCCAUGACCUCGGAGGCCUCUUCUGGAAGCCGCCGUCCCAGGAGUGGGAUGCUGCGGAGACGGUCCCCGGAGGAGGACAGUACCGUCCUGAUCGACGUGGCCCCCGAGGCCGAGAAGGGCCACACUUACGGGAGCACAGCCCCCACCUCAGAGCAGAGUGGACACCGGGAGGCCGCCGGCGGGGUGGGGAGCCCCUCCAAGCCCCGAGUAGACUUCGUCCUCGUUUGGGAGGAAGACCUGAGGCUGGGUCGGCAGCAGGGUGGCGCCGGCCGGGACGAGACGGACACGCGCGGUGCCUGGAGGGAGACCUUUCUGGAUAACCUCCGCGCCGCUGGGCUACACGUGGACCAGCGUGCUGUCCAGGGUGAGAACGGAGCAGUGCACUACGUCCUCCUCAGGGCCCCCUGGGCCGUGCUCUGCUACUACGCCGAGGACCUGCGUCUGAAGCUGCCCCUGCAGGAGCUGCCCAACCAGGCCUCCAACUGGUCGGCGGGCCUGCUGGCGUGGCUGGGGCUCCCCAACAUCCUGCUGGAGGACGUGCCCGAUGUGCCCCCUGAGUAUUACUCCUGCCCGUUCAAAGUGAGCAAGCUGUCAAGGUUCCUCGGGAGUGACGACCAAGAAAACUUCUUUACCAGCACCGAGCGGCACCAGAUUCUGUUUGCGAUCCUGGCCAAGACCCCGUAUGGCCACGAGAAGAAAGGCCUGUGCGGGAUCGACCAGCUGCUGGCGGAGGGUGUCUUUAGCGCGGCCUUCCCCCUGCAUGAUGGCCCGUUCAGGACACCCCCAGAGGGCCCUCAGGCCCCGGGCCGGACCCAAAGGCAGGUUCUGUUCCGGUACUGGGCUCGCUGGAGCCAGUGGAACAAGUACCAGCCUCUGGACCACGUGCGCAGAUACUUCGGGGAGAAGGUGGCCUUCUACUUCGCCUGGCUUGGGUUCUACACGGGCUGGCUCCUGCCGGCAGCGGCAGUGGGCACUCUGGUGUUCCUGGCGGGCUGUUUCCUGGUGUUCUCAGACAUACCCACGAGUUGUGCAGCAGCACCGACCACUUUGAGAUGUGCCCGCUCUGCCUGGACUGCCCCUUCUGGCUGCUGUCCAGUGCCUGCACCCUGGCCCAGGGAGCACUCGGCGGGACGCGGGGCCCAGGGGUCCCACGCGAGUCACAGCCGCGCCCGCCCGCGCCCGCAGGCCGGCCGGCUCUUCGACCACGGCGGCACCGUGUUCUUCAGCGCGUUCAUGGCGCUGUGGGCCGUGCUGCUGCUGGAGUACUGGAAGCGCCAGAGCGCCACGCUGGCCUACCGCUGGGGCUGCUCGGACUACGAGGACAUCGAGGAGAGGCCACGGCCCCAGUUCGCCGCCUCGGCCCCCACGACGGCCCCGAACCCCGUCACCGGGGAGGACGAGCCCUACUUCCCGGAGAGGAGCCGCGUACGCCGCGUGCUGGCCGGCUCCACGGUGGUCGUGAUGAUGGUGGCCGUGGUGGUCGUGUGCCUCGUGUCCGUCAUCCUGUACCGGGCCAUCAUGGCCAUCCUCGUAUCCAGGUCGAACAACACCCUCCUCGCAGCCUGGGCCUCGCGCAUCGCCAGCUUCACGGGGUCGGUGGUGAACCUGGUCUUCAUCCUCGUCCUCUCCAAGAUCUACGUGGCCCUGGCCCACAUCCUGACGAGAUGGGAAAUGCACCGCACGCAGACCAAGUUCGAGGACGCCUUCACCCUCAAGGUGUUCAUCUUCCAGUUUGUCAACUUCUACUCCUCCCCCAUCUACAUCGCCUUCUUCAAGGGCAGGUUUGUGGGACACCCGGGCAACUAUCACACCUUAUUUGGUGUCCGCAACGAGGAGUGUGCGGCCGGAGGCUGCCUCAUCGAGCUGGCACAGGAGCUCCUGGUCAUCAUGGUGGGCAAGCAGAUCAUCAACAACGUGCAGGAGAUUCUCGUCCCGAAGCUACAGGGCUGGUGGCAGAAGUUCCGGCUGCGCUCCAAGAAGAGGAAGGCGGGGGCUUCUGAGGCGGUUGGCCAGGCACCUUGGGAGGCCGACUACGAGCUUCUGCCCUGUGAGGGUCUGUUCGACGAGUACCUCGAAAUGGUGCUGCAGUUCGGCUUCGUCACCAUCUUCGUGGCCGCGUGUCCGCUCGCGCCGCUCUUCGCGCUGCUCAACAAUUGGGUGGAGAUCCGCCUGGACGCGCGCAAGUUCGUCUGCGAGCACCGGCGCCCGGUGGCCGAGCGCGCGCAGGACAUCGGCAUCUGGUCCCACAUCCUGGCUGGCAUCGCGCACCUGGCGGUCGUCAGCAACGCCUUCCUGCUGGCCUUCUCGUCCGACUUCCUGCCGCGCGCCUACUACCGGUGGACCCGCGCCCCCGACCUGCGCGGCUUCGUCAACUUCACGCUGGCGCGCGCGCCGCCCGCCUUCGCCUCCGCGCACAACCGCACUUGCAGGUAUCAGGCUUUCAGGGAAGAUGAUGGGCAGUAUUCUCCAACAUACUGGAAUCUUCUGGCCAUCCGCCUGGCCUUCGUCAUAGUGUUUGAGCACGUGGUGUUCUCCAUCGGCCGGAUCCUCGACCUCCUGGUACCCGACAUUCCUGAGUCCGUGGAGGUCAAGGUGAAGCGAGAGUACUACCUCGCCAAGCAGGCGCUGGCUGAGAAUGAGGCUCUCUCUGGAACAAACGGAGCAAAGGACAACUACUCCCAGAGCUCAGAGAGGAGUUUGGGCCCACAGCCUACACUGCCAGGAGGUGGCCAGGCCUCACAAGUCCCUUCUCUCUGAGGUCACGGGGGUCACCCCAAGCCAGCAGUCCCACCUGGAGGUGAGGGACUCUGCCGCCACGGAGAUGUCAAAGGCUCACUGCGCUCAGAGGCCACAGCCCACCUUCUGCCCCUUCUUGGCCCAGAGCCGUGGUGCCCUCGGUGACCCUGGGCCUCUGCUCAUGAGCCCUAGCCCCUCAGGUGCCGGCUGCCGCCCCCCCAACCCCCUGCCCGCAGCAGCACCUGGAGCUUCCCUGCCACCUCCCUCCCAGCCCCCAGGGCAGGUGGCCCCGCACCAGAGAUGCUGGCCCCGACACUGUGGCUCAGGGCUCUCCCCACCCCCAGCUCUCUGCACGCGGGGCACAGCUCUAUCUCCCAUGUGCCACCGGGAGAAUCGCACUGGAGACUAGAACUAUCUAUGGGUCUCUAGUUAUCACUCAAAAGCAUGUUGAAGACACCCCUGGUUCCACAGAACCGAGAACCGACAUGCCGCGUGAUAAAACGAGUUCUAGCACACUA